AUGUAUUUCAGCAAAGCUGCUUUUGCCCUGGCGGCACUUCUCCCAGCCCUGAACGCUGCCCCACUCCCUCUACCACAAGACGAACCAUCCACUCUUCCAAGUGUGGCUCACAAAUACAUUGUCACUCUCAAAAGUGGCGCCGACUCAACCUCACAUUUAUCCUGGGUUUCUGAUGUACAUGCUCGAAGCCUAGCUCGACGACAGGAAGGUGAAAAUGUUACAACUGGUGUUGAGAAAGAGUUUACCAUCAAUACCUGGAGAGCUUACACUGGUCAAUUUGACGAUGCUACGAUCGAGCAGAUCAAGAACAGCGAUGAUGUCGAUGAGGUUGAAGAGGACCAGAUCUGGACAAUUGCCGCUCUCACUACUCAGUCACCUUCGACAUGGGGUCUAGCCAGCAUCUCUCACAAACAACCUAACACAUCUGGUUAUGUUUAUGAUACAUCUGCUGGCUCGGGCACAUUUGGCUACGUCGUUGACACUGGCAUUAACACUGCUCAUGUUGACUUCGAAGGCCGAGCCUCGAAUGGUUAUAAUGCCGUUGGUGGAUCUUUCACUGAUACAGUGGGUCACGGUACGCAUGUCGCUGGUACCAUCGCCUCCAAGACAUACGGUGUUGCCAAAAAGGCAAGUGUGAUCGCAGUCAAAGUCUUCGCUGGUGAGCAAGGUUCAACGUCUACCAUCCUUGAUGGCUACCAAUGGGCUGUGAACGACAUCCGAUCGAAAGGUCGACAGAACAAGGCUGCCGUCAACCUCUCUCUUGGUGGUGGCUUCUCAUCCGCCUUCAACCGUGCCGUCACUGCUGCCUUCAAUGGUGGUGUCGUUACCGUCGUUGCUGCUGGUAACGAGGACUCCGAUGCCUCGACCACUUCUCCUGCUUCUGCUUCAGAAGCCAUUACUGUCGGCGCCAUUCAAAGAGGCAAUGCUCGAGCAGCAUACUCCAACUUCGGCACUGUUCUAGAUAUCUUCGCUCCAGGCACUGAUAUUCUAUCUACCUGGAUUGGUUCUACCACUGCCACCAACACUAUCUCCGGCACAUCCAUGGCUACACCACACGUGGUCGGCCUUGUUCUCUAUCUGCAAGCUCUCGAAGGUCUUUCCAGCCCGUCAGCUGUCGCUAGCCGAUUGACUGCGCUAUCGACACGCAAUGUUGUGACGGAUGCUCAAGGUAGCCCUAACAGGCUCGCCUAUAAUGGCAACGGUGCUUAA